AUGUCAUCUCCUUCACCAUCACCCACUAACAACACUACUAGUAGUAGUGCCACCAACCAUUCACCCACUCCAUCACCCCAAACCACUCGUAAGAAAAUUCUUCAAAAAACCCAAACUCUCGAUGAUGAAGACGAUCUUGUCAGUCGUCAAAGCAAUUCUCUCCGAGAACGAUCCAAAGCCCAUCCAAUUUUCAAAACAGCAUCCUCGUCAUCUCAGUCGUCAUCCCCAUUGACCACGAAUAGAGGAUCCUCUUCCAAACAACAACCACUCAAAAGUUCUCUCUUUUCUCAACUCAUCACCGAACAAGAAUUUAGUAAAAAUCAUGUUUGGGUUGAAAAGAGUCAAAUUCCAAACAAAUCUUCCAAAUCGUUGCAAGAUCCAUCUUCUGGAGACCUUUCUAUGUAUGUGGUUGGAAAAUUAUUGGAACGAAAUGGAAAUGUGGUAAAUGUUGAAAUUUUGCCAAAUCAAAUGCCACAACCAAAAUUGCAAACUUUGAAAAACGCAAGUAACACCACCUCUACCACCAUUCAAUUACCAGUGAUGGAUGUCAUGUUCAUGAAUCCUCCAAGUAUGAACCAAUUACAAGAUUUGACACAAUUGACACAUGUCAGUGAACCAUGUUUGAUUUAUUAUUUAAAAAGUCGUGUCGAAGAGAAUUCCAACAAGAAACCACUCGAUGGUGAUUUGAUUUUCACAGAUUGUGGAGGAGUUGCCAUGUUGUCAACACUUGCUUUGAAUCAUCACACUGGUUCACAUUCUCGUCAUCAUGAAAAAAAUUCAUUUGCCUUUCAAAAGAGUUCCUAUUUAUUGAAUCAUUUAGUCACCACACAACAAAAUCAAUCCAUUAUUGCUCUAGGAGAUAGUUCGAGUGGAAAAUCAACCACAUUGGUUCGAAUUUUGGAAGAAAUUGGAGAAGUAACCAAUAGUAAGAUCAUGACCAAAGUAUUAGAUGUCAUUCGAGUGUUAGAGGCCUUCACAAAUUCUAGCACUGAACAAAGCAAAUUUAGCAGCCGUGUGACCAAAAACAUUCAUUUACAAUUCAAUACCAAGAACGACCACAAACAAAUUCCAUUACUGUGUGGAGCUUACUUUGAAUGUGUGAAUUUACAAGUGACUCAUUCUCUGGUGAGAGUUAUGGAAAAAUUGGUCGAUCAAAGUUCAACACAUGUUGAAAAGAUCAAUCCAGAUCAAUUCAUUCACAACUUUCAUGUAUUUUACCAAUUAAUGGCAGAUGAAACCUCAAAAGAAAAGUACAAGUUGACACAAUUACUCGAUCAUUCUCAUUCAGGAAAAUUAUCAUUUUCAAUUAUUCAAAAUUCGUUGAUGAAUAUUGGAUUUACUGAGAAGGAAAUUGGAGACGUCACCAAAAUUUUAUGUGCUCUUUUGCAUUUGUUGAAUUGUGAUUUUGUUGAAAAGAAUGACCGUUUGGCCAUUUUAUCAGAAUCUUCGAAACCUUCCUUCCAUAGAGCCAUCAAAUUAUUAGGUGUGGAUGAACAAGAAUUGUUAAAUACCAUUGUGAAACCAAAAGUCAGUGUCAACUCAAGCUUGAUGGAAACCUUUGCAGAUGCUUCACAAGCCAAUUACAACAAGGAUUUAAUCAUCAUGACUCUCUAUGAAGGAUUAGUACAAUGGAUGAUGACACGUAUGAAUGAAAUUUUGAAAUCACCUUCUUCUCAGGAAUUGCAUGAAAUUUCACUCUUCGAUAUUGGAACUGGUUUUGAAAGUCUCGCCACAGGUGUAGAUGCUGCUCGAGGUGUGAAAUUCAACUCUCUCGAACAAUUGAUUCAAAAUUAUGCGAAUGAAAAGUUGAGAGAUUUGGUAAAUGAAAAGCUCUUGAUGAAUGCACAAGAGGUCUAUCAGAAGGAAGAAAUUGGAUGGAAAUGGAUGGAAUUUUCUGCCACUGCUUCUCUUCCAUCCAAACUUGUGAAAUUUUUAGAAGAUGAAAAAGAUGGAGUUUUUAGUGUGAUAAAGAAUCAAUCGCUCAGCAUGUUCAGAGGUUCUGAUGAAGGAAUGAUUAUUAGUGAGCUCUCUAAAUUAUUGUUAGAACAAACAUCGAAUCAGAGCUCUGAUGAAACUCAUGUGAACAGUUCAGCGACAAUUUCUCCGUCCUCAAAACAACAACAACAUUUAUUCAAACCCAAUCUUGCCGAAAUGGAAAUGUCACUUACUCAUUUCAAUGGAAAAGUCACUUACAAAGUCACCAAUUGGUUCCAAAAAGCAUUAUUACCUGCUGACUCCAUGUCGACACAUACCAAAGAAUUUCUUUCAAAAUCUUCCAAGAAUUCCAUUGUUCAAACUGUUUACACUUCUCUAUUGAAUACUUGUCAGAAUCGUUGUGAUAGAAACAAGAAAACAUCCAAUGUUCAAUUUGUCAUGGACGUUCAUAGAGAAAAUUUAGAAAAACAAUUGGAACAGUUGAAGAACACAGAGAUGCAUGUCAUUUAUUGCUUACGAACAUUGUCUUCCUCAUCAUCAUUCAAUGACAAAUUAAUUUUGAAGCAAUUGAGAAAUUAUUCCAUCAAUGAUGUGGUUCGCUUGGCGAGAAAGAGUUUUGCUUCUAAAAUUCCAUAUUCACAAUUUGUGAAAAGAUUUGGACCUACAAACAGUAGCAGUGGUGGCAAUGACAAUGAAACGAAACAAGUUUGUAAAAAGUUAUUAGAAGAACACAAAUGGAUUGAGAAUACUGAUUUUAAACUUGGCAAGAUUAUGGUCCUUCUCAAACCAGCUCAUGAGGCACUUUUGUAUCACCAAUAA